AUGCCACGUCUCCCACCUCCAUCAGCCACCCUCCUUGCACGCACAGCUCUCCUUCACCGAGCCCUUCCACGAUCUUCGGCCUCAUAUACGCUGCGCUCCUUCGCCUCGACCGACGCCGCCGAAAAGGGCGCCCAGAACUCCCGCCCGGGCUGGUCUGGUCGACCUAUCGACGACCAUGCUGUUAAGAGGGACGGAACAGAUUCACAAAGCAAAGAGUCCCAGGAAGGAAUGAAGCGCCACGAAGACGCCAAAGCAGGUCAACUUGACACAGGUCAUGGCCAGGGCGUGAGUCGGAGAGAUGAGGCAGGGAGUGCGCAGAAGACCAAGGAGGAAUUCCCGGAGGCGCCGGAUCCAGGGCUUGGGAUGAACUCGGAGAGGGGCCGUAAGGGAAAUCAGUGA